AUGGCGGACCAUUAUCUACAUCUCCAAUCGGUUUUCGAUUGUUUGAUAACUAACCAAUACUGCUUGAAGCUUUCCAAGUGUGUUUUUGGCCAAAUUUCAGUUGAUUAUUUGGGGCAUAUCUUGACCAACGGCUGUGUUAUGGCUGACCCGAGCAAGCUCUCGGCAAUGGAAACAUGGCCUGUUCCCAAGACACAGAGGCAGCUUAGGGCAUUCCUAGGCCUGACCGGAUACUAUCGCCGCUUCGUGCGGGGGUAUGCUGGCAUCGCCGCCCCGCUCACAGACCUCCUUCGCAAAGAUUCCUUCCAGUGGACGCCUGCUGCACAGGAAGCCUUUGAUGCUCUCAAGGCUGCCAUGACCUCGGUGCCGGUUCUUCAUCUGCCCCACUUUGAACAUGAGUUUAUUGUCGAGACCGAUGCAUCCAAUGUGGGGAUGGGAGCCGUGCUCAUGCAGUUAGAGCACCCAAUCGCUUUUUUCAGCAAGAAAUUGGGGCCACGGUUGCAAGCGGCAUCGACAUAUAUGAAGGAGCUAUACGCUAUCACGGAAUCGGUGAGAAAAUGGCGUCAAUAUCUGCUAUGA